GAUAAUGAGCAGUCUGCGGCUUCUGACUUUAUGUUUGGUUCUAGCUGUAUCUGAAAUUGCAGUCGUUAACGCACGAUAUGAAGGAAUUCCAUACAUAAGUGAUCCAGUCGAACUACUCAUGCGUGACAGCUAUUCAUCACUAAGGAACCUUCGUGAUCAUGGUCCCUACAAGAGGCCUUACCGACACAUCCAGAAGCGACGAUUCUCAGCAUUUCCAUCGUUUUACAGCGAUACAUGGGGGUUUGAUAGCAACACAUUGGAACGAAGACACAACUCUUUACCGUACACAAACCUUCUCUUUGGAGGACGGUAA